AUGUUGACCGGUUGGAAAUUGCUUUUAUCUAAACUGUUUAUAAUACCGCAAAGAUGGGUGAUGGCAAUCAUGGGUUUCCUGGCGGUGGCCAACGCGUACACAAUGCGUGUGUGCCUCAACAUCGCCAUAACCCAGAUGGUGCGGAGACACGCGCACUCCACUGCCUACGAGGAGGGCUCCUGUCCAGGGGACGUAGAAGUGCAUGUGACUGAUGAUAGUGAAAUAAGCGGCUUCGAUUGGGAUGAAGAAACUCAAGGAAUCAUUCUGAGCGCAUUCUAUUAUGGAUACAUAGUGACUCACCUUCCUGGUGGAUUGCUUGCGGAGAGGUUCGGUGGCAAAUAUUCACUCGGCUUCGGAGUAUUGAGCACUGCUAUGUUCACGAUGCUGACGCCCUGGACGGUGAAGACUGGCGGAGCCACGGGUCUAAUUAUACUUCGAGUUUUGGAAGGAUUAGGAGAGGGCACAACUUUUCCAGCUCUCAAUACCAUGUUAGCUCGAUGGGCACCAAUAUCUGAAAGAGGAAGGAUGGGUUCUCUCGUAUUUGGAGGCUCUCAAAUCGGUAACAUUGCGGGAACAUAUAUUUCUGGCCUCAUCAUGAAAGAAUCUGGAGAUUGGCAAUCCGUCUUCUAUCUGUUCGGUGCGAUAGGAAUAUUGUGGUUUAUUCUAUGGGCAAUAUUGUGCUACAAUGAUCCUGAGUCGCACCCCUUCAUUUCUGAUAAAGAAAAGAAAUAUUUAGAGGAAGCGCUGGGUAGACGUGAGAAUAGUCAACCUUCAGCAAUUCCCUGGAAAUCCAUAUUUACGUCAGUCCCACUUUGGGCUCUAGUCUGUGCACAGAUUGGCCAUGACUAUGGCUACUUCACGAUGGUGACCGACUUGCCUAAAUACAUGACUGGCGUGCUAAGGUUUGACAUACACCGUACCGGCACGUUGGCCGCAAUGCCUUACGCCGUGAUGUGGCUCAGCUCCAUCACAUUCGGGUGGAUGUGCGACAAGAUGGUGAAGAGGAACUGGCUUACUGUUACUAACGCCAGGAAGACAUUCACCACCAUAGCAUCUGUCGGUCCAGGCAUCUGCAUGAUACUCGCUUCAUACUCCGGUUGCGACACAGAAACUGUCGUGAUUUUAUUCACGGCGUCCAUGGGUCUUAUGGGCGCCUUCUAUCCGGGAAUGAAAGUCAACGCGCUCGAUCUGAGCAGUAAUUACGCGGGCACCAUUAUGGCAAUCGUGAAUGGCGUAGGGGCUAUAACAGGCAUCAUCGCACCCUAUUUGGUUGGACUACUGACACCCGAUAGUACCCUUGUGCAAUGGCGAUUAGUAUUUUGGAUAACUCUAGCCGUUUUCAUUGUUACAAACUUGGUGUUCGUGGCGUGGGCGUCUGGAGAGGAACAAUGGUGGAACAGAACUUCCCAGGAAAACAAGAAACAACAGGAGAUUGAAAUCUCAACAACCCACUCGGUGAAUAAUGAGAUUAGGCUUUAG